AUGCCUGAACCAUUUUUGCUGAAACUUUCCAAGAAAAUUCAGCAUUGUACAGAAAACAAGCAUGGAAAAUUCAAGUUCAAAUGGUUAAAGUUUGGCAAAGCUAUCAUUAAUAGAGAUAUUACAGAAGACCAGUACUAUCAGUCAGUGUGGCAUCCUAACAGACGCAUAUCUACAAUCAUUGUUCCAUAUUUCCUGGGGCUGAGAAAAGGGAUUUUUCAGUAUGUGGCUCAUGAUCUUGGGGAUAUUGCCUCCUGUGGUCCACGGCCACCAGACACAGAAGUUGGUGUUUGGGUCCAGAACUGUGUUAAACUUUGGGUAUUAUACAGUGCUGAAUAUGUUGUUUGCACUAAACAAGUAAUAAUCUUUCCCUUCAAUCUCUUAGCCGAAUUGGGAGACUACAACCAUUCAGAAAACUUGCCAGGCUACCUCUCAGACUACUCUUUCAUCCCUAGCCAGCCUCAAGACUUUGAAAAAGAAAUAGCAAAAUUACAUCAUCAGCAUAUAGGCUUGUCUCCUGCAGAAGCUGAGUUCAAUUAUCUCAAUACAGCACGUACCUUAGAACUCUAUGGAGUUGAAUUGCACUAUGCAAGAGAUCAAAGUAACAAUGAAAUUAUGAUUGGAGUGAUGUCAGGAGGAAUACUAAUUUAUAAGAACAGGGUACGAAUUAACACCUUUCUGUGGUUGAAGAUUGUAAAAAUUUCUUUUAAGUGCAAACAGUUUUUUAUUCAACUUAGGAGAGACUUGCAUGAAUCUAGAGAAAUGUUACUGGGAUUCAAUAUGGUGAAUUACCGAGCAUGUAAGAAUUUGUGGAAAGCUUGUGUUGAGCAUCACACAUUCUUCCGAUUGGACAGACCUCUGCCGCCUCAGAAGAACUUUUUUGCACAUUAUUUUACUUUGGGUUCAAAGUUCCGGUACUGUGGGAGGACAGAGGUCCAGUCUGUGCAGUAUGGUAAAGAAAAAGCAAACAAAGACAGGGUAUUUGCCAGAUCCCCAAGUAAACCCUUGGCACGGAAAUUGAUGAGUGGGAUGGACUGGGAGGUAGUGAGUAGGAAUUCAUUGUCUGAUGACAGGUUAGAAACACAGAGCCUACCAUCACGAUCUCCACCUGGAACCCCAAAUCAUCGCAAUUCUGCAUUUACUCAAGAGGGAGCCCGUUUACGGCCAUCUUCAGUUGGACAUUUAGUGGACCACAUAGUUCACACCUCACCAAGUGAAGUUUUUGCAAAUCACAGAUCUCCAUCCUCCACCCAAGCUAAUAGCAUCAUUCUGGAAUCGUCACCAUCCCAAGAGACUCCUAUAGAUGGGCAACCUCCUGCACUACCACCCAAACAAUCUAAAAAGAACAGUUGGAACCAAAUUCAUUAUUCACACUCCCAGCAAGAACUGGAUAACCAUAUUAAUGAAACGUUUGAUGUUCCCGCAUCACCUGAAAAAUCCACACCCAAUGGUGGUGUUCCCCAUGACAAUCUUGUUUUGAUCAGAAUGAAACCAGACGAAAAUGGAAGAUUUGGCUUCAAUGUAAAGGGAGGAUAUGACCAGAAGAUGCCGGUAAUAGUGUCCAGGGUAGCUCCAGGAACACCAGCUGACCUCUGUGUCCCUCGUUUGAAUGAAGGGGACCAGGUUGUAUUGAUAAAUGGCAGGGAUAUAGCGGAACAUACUCAUGAUCAAGUUGUCAUGUUUAUUAGAGAGAGCUGUGAGAGGCAUUUGGGGGAACUUGUGCUCCUAGUACGACCCAAUGCUGUCUACGAUGUGGUGGAAGAGAAGCUGGAGAGUGAGCCUGACUUCCAGUACAUCCCUGAGAAAUCCCCCCUGGAUGGUGUCCAUCAGGACGAUAAUGCUCUGCGGGAAUCUAUGAUUCAACUAGCAGAGGGGCUUAUCACUGGAACUAUUCUGGCUCAGUUUGAUCAACUGUAUAGGAAGAAGCCUGGAAUGACAAUGUCUUGUGCCAAAUUACCUCAAAAUAUUUCCAAAAAUAGAUACAGAGACAUUUCGCCUUAUGAUGCUACACGGGUCAUUUUGAAGAGUAAUGAUGACUACAUCAAUGCAAAUUAUAUAAAUAUGGAAAUCUCUUCUUCCAGCAUAAUAAACCAGUACAUUGCUUGUCAGGGUCCAUUACCAAACACUUGUCCUGAUUUUUGGCAGAUGACUUGGGAACAAGGUUCAUCUAUGGUUGUAAUGUUGACCACUCAAGUUGAAAGGGGCAGAGUUAAGUGCCAUCAGUACUGGCCAGAGCCUACAGGAAGCUCAUCAUAUGGAAAUUUCCAGAUUACCUGCCAUUCAGAGGAAGGAAAUCCUGCUUAUGUCUUCAGAGAGAUGACACUGACUAACCUUGAGAAAAAUGAUACCCGUCAGCUCACCCAGAUCCAGUAUGUAGCAUGGCCUGAUCAUGGGGUUCCUGAUGAUUCCAGUGACUUCCUAGAUUUUGUGUGUCUUGUACGAAAAAAGAGGGCUGGCAGAGAAGAACCUGUUGUUGUUCAUUGCAGUGCUGGGAUUGGACGGACAGGGGUUCUUAUCACUAUGGAAACAGCGAUGUGUCUUAUUGAGUGCAAUCAGCCUGUUUAUCCAUUAGAUAUUGUGAGAACAAUGAGAGAUCAAAGGGCCAUGAUGAUCCAAACACCUAGUCAAUACAGAUUUGUUUGUGAAGCUAUUUUGAAGGUCUAUGAAGAAGGAUUUGUUAAACCUUUAAAGACAUCGCUGCAUAAAUAAGAGCAAAAGGGCUAGGAUCCAUAUUGAAGUAUCCUGUCCUCUGUAAUAAACUGGCAGCAUUCAUUGUGCCAUAACUCUGAUUGCAGGAAAUGGUGUCGGAGAACAAUGAAGAAUUGACAAAGGACUUUGAAAACUUCAGCACUGUUGCACUUUAUGUUGAAACAAAAAUCAAUCUCUAAAACUCUAUUACUUACAUGUGUUUGAAGACUUUAUUAUUUUCAUGCUUUGCUCCGAACAAACCAUAAAUUGAAUGAACUGAGUGUGUUCAGGAUAACUUAUGAUAUCUCAUUGUAGUGCCAUAUACUCCCCUUCUGGUCGAAUUGCUACAAACAAGGCUUGGAAUUAUUUCACUCUGGUAUACAACUUUUAAAAA